AUGCUCGGCUUCUCCCUCUCGCGCCUGGGCGACCUCGACUACGACGGCUACUUCAAGCGCAACUUCGCCCUUGUCCCCGGCUACUGGUACUACUUCCGCAGCGGCUCCUACCGCUACGGCAUGCUCAUCCACCUUGCCGCCAUCCUCCCCGCCGGCAUCCUCAUGACCUUCCAAUUCACCCCCAUCAUCCGCCACAAAUGGAUCUUGUUCCACCGCCUCAAUGGGUACGUCGUCUUGCUGCUGUGCUUGAUCAGCAACGCUGCUGCGUUCGUCGUUAUCCGGCACAAGCAGGGCGGAAAUAGGAUUAACAGCCAUGCGGUGGAGACACUCAUGGGGAUUCUCACCACCAUUGGAAUUUUCAUGGGUUGGUGGAAUAUCCGUCGGAAGCAGAUUGAGCAGCAUCGCGCGUGGAUGUUGCGGACGAUGUUUUACAUGGCUGUUACGAUUACGGCGCGUGUCAUCAAUUUUGCGGCGAAGGAUAUCAUUACGAAGAUUGGGAAUUACUGGUCUGUCUGGAUGUGCGAUGAGAUUAACUUUCUCUAUAUGAACUUGGGAAUGGAGUUCCCCAAGGAUACGUAUCCAGACUGUAUUUUGCCGGAUGGAUCGCUGAAUCGCUGGAAGAUGGUUGCGGUUGCGGCAAGGGAGGAUCCGAAUCAUUUGGAGCAGGUUGGUGCGAGUGCUGUGUUGCCGUUUAGUACGAUGCUGUGGAUUUGCCUGUUUCUUCACAUGAUUGGCGUGGAGUUGUAUUUGCGAAUGACUCCUAGAGAAACUGAGAGACUUCGUCAGAUCAGUUACGAGAAGCAGGUUGAGGCUGGUUAUCGUAACCCUGGUAGUGCUGGGCUGGUCUUGGAUCGAUGGAUCGAUGGAGAGAAGUGGACUCCUAAGAAGUAA